AUGUCAUUUACUUCCAUCCCUGUGCUUGACCUUUCACUGGCCUCAUCGCCGACAACCAAACCAGCAUUCCUCGCCGACCUGCGCUCCGCUCUUAUGGAAGUCGGCUUCCUGUACCUCAAAAAUGUUGGAAUCCCUGAUUCGCUCUUCGCGUCGGCCAUCUCACACGGCCGGGCCUUCUUUGAGCUGCCGCUGGACGAGAAACUCAAAAUCGAAAUGAAGAACGCGCCGUCAUUCCUGGGUUAUAGCCGGCUCUCGGCCGAGGUGACGGCCGGCGCGAUAGAUCACCGCGAGCAGAUCGACUUGUCUACCGAGCACGUCGUGCCGACGGCGCCCGACACGCCGAGGUAUUACAACCUCCUCGGCCCGAACCAGUGGCCAGACGAGGCGGCCCUGCCCGGGUUCCGCGACACCUUCACCGCGUACAUGACGGCCAUGGGCGCCGUCUCCAUGCGCUUCACGGCGCUGGUGGCCGAGGCCAUCGGCCUGCCCGCGUCCGCGUUUGAGCGCUAUUUUGAGCGCAGCAUCCAAGACCAGCAGCACAAGCUCAAGAUCGUCAAGUACCCCGACGUCGGGGAGCUCGGGGCGGACGGGGCAGCCAGGCAGGGCGUCGGCCCGCACAAGGACAGCAUGUACACAAGUUACCUGCUCCAGGCCAGCGGGCACCGCGGGCUGCAGGUGCAGAACCUGCGCGGCGACUGGGUCGACUGCCCUCCCGUGGACGGGACGCUGGUCGUGGCCAUUGGGCAAGGGCUCGAGGCGCUGACGGGCGGCGUAUGCGCGAGCACGACGCACCGCGUGCUGUCGCCCGCCGCCGGAGAGGGCGCCCGCUUCUCCAUCCCCUUCUUCCAGGGCGUCAGGCUCGACACCGAGUUCGAGGAGCUCGAGACGGCUGGGCUGGGACGCGCCGUGCCAGAAGAGGUGCGGGAGCAGCGCAGAAGGGUGCUGCUGGAGGGCAGCGGCCAGCGGCUGGACGACGUGGAGUUUACGUUUCGCACGGGAGGGGUCGCGAAGACGCUCGGCGAGGCGACGCUCAGGAACCGCGUCAAGAGCCACCCGGACGUGGGUGAGCGGUGGUACCCCGAUAUUCUGGCGAGCAUCAGGGAGGAGCAGAGGAUCGCCGGGAGGCAAGGUGCUGGGACGAGCACAGCACCUGGAGUGGAAAAGCUCAGGGGCGAUGCGCAGGCUGUCUGA